GGCACGCUGACCUGCGAGCUGCAGGACUGUCCCUUCUGCGCCAGCCUCCUGGAGGACCCCGAGUUCGCCUUCAGCGAGUCCGACAGCUGCGGCUCUGACAGCAAUGGUGUCUACGAGUUCACUCAGGACCUGCGGCAUGGCGACCACAGAGACCAGCUCCAGCAGCAGCGGGGCAGGAGGAGGAGGAAGAAGAAAAAACCCAAGGAGAGGAACAAGGUCACCCGCCUGUGGAAGGCUUUCGGCUGCAAGCUAAAGAGGAUCGUGGAGAGCAAGUACUUCAACCGGGGGAUUAUGAUCGCCAUUCUCAUCAACACGCUGAGCAUGGGCAUCGAGUACCACGAGCAGCCGGAAGAGCUGACCAAUGCCUUGGAGAUCAGUAACAUCGUCUUCACAAGCAUGUUUGCCCUGGAGAUGCUCCUGAAACUUCUUGCCUUUGGUCUCUUUGGUUACAUCAAGAACCCGUACAACAUCUUUGAUGGGAUCAUAGUUGUCAUCAGCGUCUGGGAGAUCAUCGGACAGUCGGAUGGAGGCCUCUCUGUGCUACGAACUUUUCGGCUGCUCCGGGUGCUGAAACUGGUGCGUUUCAUGCCCGCCCUCCGUCGCCAGCUGGUGGUCCUGAUGAAGACAAUGGACAAUGUAGCCACCUUCUGCAUGUUGCUCAUGCUCUUCAUCUUUAUCUUCAGCAUUCUCGGCAUGCAUCUUUUUGGAUGCAAGUUCAGCCUGAAAACUGAUACAGGAGACACAGUUCCAGAUAGAAAGAAUUUUGAUUCCUUACUUUGGGCCAUUGUGACUGUAUUUCAGAUCCUCACUCAAGAGGACUGGAACGUGGUCCUGUACAAUGGGAUGGCAUCUACAUCCUCAUGGGCAGCACUCUACUUUGUGGCCCUGAUGACCUUCGGCAAUUAUGUGCUCUUCAACCUUCUUGUUGCCAUUCUGGUAGAAGGCUUCCAGGCAGAGGGUGAUGCCAAUAGGUCAGACACAGAUGAGGACAAGACAUCUGCCAACUUUGAUGAUGAUUUUGAGAAGCUAAAAGACCUCCGAGCAACAGAGAUGAAGAUGUACUCACUUGCCGUCACCCCAAAUGGACACCUGGAGGGCAGGGGAAGCAUGCCACCUCCUAUAAUCAUGCGCACUGCUGCCACACCAAUGCCCACACCGAAGUGUUCCCCACACAUGGAUUUAGUGCACACUUUUGUGGACUCGAGGAGAGGGAGUAAUGCUUCGCUAGACCCCUUGAGCUAUGAUCAGAAGUCCUUGUCCAGCCUCCGCAGUUCCCCUUGUGCCAACUGGGGCACCAGCAGCAACUGGGGAAGCCGACGCUCAAGCUGGAAUAGCCUGGGCAGAGCCCCAAGCCUCAAGAAGAAGAACCAGUCAGGAGAAAGAGAGUCCUUGCUCUCCGGGGAGGGGAAAGGCAGCACAGACGAUGAUUCCGAUGACGCCAAGUCCAGCACGGUCAGCAGGCCCUCGUUGCACCGCCGGGCAGAGUCCCUGGACUACCGCAGCUCCCUGGACCUGCCCGAGCUGCUCCAGUUGCCUACCAUGCGCCACUCACUCAGUAUCAGCCCCAUGGCCGUUCUGCCUGCCGAGUACCAAGACUGCAAUGGCAAGAUGGUUCAUGUCCCCAGCGAGUUCUUCCUGCGUGUCGACAGCCACAAGGAGGAUGCCAUGGACUAUGACGACGAUAUGGAGGAUAGUUACUGCUACCGAAUUCGUAAAGUCCUGGAGCCCUACAAACCACAGUGGUGCAAGAGUCAUGAAGACUGGUCCCUCUACUUGUUUUCCCCACAGAAUCGGUUCCGAGUGAUGUGCCAGAAGGUCAUUGCCCACAAAAUGUUUGAUCACGUGGUGCUGGUCUUCAUAUUUCUCAACUGCAUCACUAUAGCACUGGAGCGACCAGACAUAGACCCACACAGCACAGAAAGGAUAUUCCUAAGUGUUUCUAAUUACAUCUUCACUGCAAUCUUUGUGGCUGAAAUGAUGGUUAAGGUGGUAGCUCUUGGCUUUUUCUCUGGGGAGAACACCUAUCUGCAGAGCAGCUGGAACGUCCUGGAUGGAGUCCUGGUCUUUGUAUCUAUCAUUGACAUUAUUGUCUCCAUGGCAUCGGCAGGCGGAGCUAAGAUCCUGGGUGUCCUUCGCGUUUUGAGACUUCUGCGGACCUUGAGACCUCUCCGAGUCAUCAGCAGAGCCCCAGGUCUGAAGCUGGUGGUAGAAACCUUGAUCUCCUCUUUGAGGCCUAUUGGGAAUAUUGUUCUCAUCUGCUGUGCUUUCUUCAUUAUCUUUGGGAUUUUAGGGGUCCAGCUUUUUAAAGGCAAGUUCUACUACUGUGAUGGUCCUGAUGUAAAAAAUAUCACUACAAAGACUGACUGCACUAACGCACGCUACAAAUGGGUUCGGCGGAAGUACAAUUUUGACAAUUUGGGACAGGCCCUCAUGUCCUUGUUUGUCCUCUCCUCCAAAGAUGGCUGGGUGAACAUCAUGUACGAUGGUUUGGAUGCCGUGGGUAUUGACCAACAGCCCAUCCAGAACCAUAACCCUUGGAUGCUGCUCUACUUCAUCUCCUUCCUGCUCAUCGUCAGCUUCUUCGUGCUCAACAUGUUUGUGGGGGUGGUGGUGGAGAACUUUCACAAGUGCCGACAGCACCAGGAGGCGGAGGAGGCCCGGCGUCGGGAGGAGAAGCGGCUGAGACGCUUGGAGAAAAAGCGCAGGAGUAAGGAGAUAUACCUGUCUGAAGCCCAACGCAGGCCUUACUACGCUGACUAUUCCCCAGCACGGAAGUACAUUCACACCCUCUGCACCAGCCACUAUCUUGAUCUCUUCAUCACGUUCAUCAUUGGGGUCAAUGUCAUCACUAUGUCAAUGGAGCACUACAAUCAGCCAAAGUCCCUGGAUGAAGCCCUGAAGUACUGCAACUAUGUGUUCACCAUAGUUUUUGUGUUCGAGGCAGUUCUGAAGUUGGUGGCAUUUGGUUUUCGAAGGUUCUUUAAGGACAGGUGGAAUCAGCUGGAUUUGGCCAUAGUUCUCUUAUCAAUUGUGGGAAUCACACUGGAGGAAAUUGAGAUGAAUGCUGCACUGCCCAUCAAUCCCACAAUAAUACGCAUCAUGCGGGUGCUGAGAAUAGCAAGAGUGCUGAAACUGCUUAAAAUGGCUACCGGGAUGCGAGCUCUCCUGGACACCGUGGUACAAGCACUUCCCCAGGUAGGGAACCUUGGCCUACUUUUUAUGCUCCUGUUUUUUAUCUAUGCUGCACUGGGAGUGGAAUUGUUUGGCAAGCUAGACUGCAGUGAAGAAAAUCCUUGUGAAGGUCUGAGCCGGCACGCAACUUUCACCAACUUCGGCAUGGCCUUUCUCACCCUCUUCAGGGUGUCAACAGGGGACAACUGGAAUGGUAUCAUGAAGGACACUCUCCGGGAAUGCACUCGGGAAGACAAGCACUGCCUCAGUUACCUGCCUGUUAUCUCUCCCGUCUACUUCGUCACCUUUGUCCUCAUCGCACAGUUCGUCCUAGUCAACGUGGUGGUGGCAGUGCUGAUGAAGCACUUGGAGGAGAGCAACAAGGAGGCCAAGGAGGAUGCUGAGAUGGAUGCUGAGAUUGAGUUGGAGAUGUCCAGAGGAGCAACUACCUCGGCCACCAGUGGAGGCAGGGGAGGUGCAGUGGCCCCGGAGAACAGGGCACCCUACAGAAGUCAGGAGACCAUGAAGUCAGAGCCAGCAGUGCAGGUGAAGCACCAAGCCCUGGUAAUAGUUCACACAAAGCAUCUGCUCUUCUUGUGCUCAGGGAGGAGUGAUAUGAAGGGCGGUGCAGUCUCUCUGAGGCCACAGGACUCCCAAAACCUGCUGACGGUCCGCAAGAUCUCCGUUUCCCGCAUGCACUCCUUGCCCAAUGACAGCUACAUGUUCCGUCCAGUGAUGCCAGCGAAAGCCCCUUUCCCCCUCCAUGAGGUGGAGAUGGAAAUGUAUCCCUGCAAAUCCCAAAGAGGGUCCAUCACCUCCAUCCGCUCCCAGCCCGUGGGAACGUGUUCCUCCCUGAGAGUCCCAACGGAGUCCCUCCAGCUGGCAGUCCGUUCUCCCGACCACGAAGGCCGCCAUCGCUGGAAGAUCCUUCCUCCCCACAUCACACCUCGAUCUCCUACUCUCAACAAGCUGCUGUGCAGACAGGAGGCCAUUCAAACAGACUCCGUGGACGGGCAGACUCCAGACCGCAAGGACAGCCUGCAAGCAGAGCCUGGAGAGACCUUACCAUCAGCAAAGCAGCCUCAGAGCACCUUUGCUCCCAGCCCACUCCAUCCCAGGGCUGCCUCCCUCCCGGGCACCCCGCCACGCUCCCCCCCGUCCUCCCCGCAUCAGCACCCCAGCACACUCACGCGGAAGCACGCUUGCGGCCAGCACGGCGUCCCCAGCCGGCCACCCAGCCCUGGUAGCAGCCCUCCCAACCCCGAGGGCUGCCUCUUCGAGUCCUCCGACCUGGCUGACGAGGAGGUUCGCCACAUCAACAGCUCGGCCAAAGACUGGGGAGGGGAGAACUCGGACGCUGGGAGCCGCUCGCCUUCGCCGCUGCGGCGAAGGACCCCAUCCUGCGAGUUCCCGGCUUACAGAGAGGCCCUGGAGCUGGUGGAGAGCCAGCCCGGGGAGCCGGCCUCCAAAGCGGAGCGUCGGGGCCAGCCCCCCUGCCGCGGGGAGCACCUGACCAUCCCCAACUUCUCGUUCGAGCAGUCGGACGGCAGCUCCUUGAGCAGCCUCUCGGAUCUCCUCCUGGACAGCGGGCAGUCCACGCCGGCCUCCGUGGACUCCCGGCCGGACCCUGCCGCCUCCGAACUGAAAAAGCCGGAUCACCUAAAAACUCAGUGGAGCAACCCCGAGAAAAGCAAAGAGCUCCUGGGCAUUGCUAAGGGCCCCCUCCGGAAGCAGGACUUGGUCCCGGUGACUGUUGCAACAGAAGAAGACAUCGAUGACCCAGUAUAG